UACACACCCUGUGCUUUAGAAGAUAUUUAAAUCAAUUUCAUGCACAUUUUUCCUUUGGUUUUAAGUUUUCUCUCACUUGUUUGCUCCUGGAUUCAUAUGUUUAUUUUUUUGAACCUCCUCAUAGUUCCUGCUGGCCGAGCUGAACACCUUCUACCUGAAGUUCGUGCUCUGGAUGCCUCCUGAACACUACCUGGUGCUGCUGCGCCUCGUCUUCUUCGUCAACGUGGGCGGCGUGGCCAUGAGGGAGAUCUACGACUUCAUGGACGACCCGAAGUUCCACAAGAAGCUGGGCCAGCAGGCGUGGCUGGUGUCGGCCAUAACGGUGACGGAGUUCCUCAUCGUGGUCAAGUACGACCCCCACACCCUCAUGCUGCCCAUCCCCUUCUCCAUCAUGCAGUGCUGGUUCUUGGGCAUCUUCCUYAUCCUCAUCUGGACCCUGUGGAGGUUCUUCAUCCGGUAAGAAGAGAGUCGAGUUUGUUCUCGUCUCGC